CAUUCAUACAUUUUUAAAUAGUUUCCCGGAAACACAUCUCAGGUGGCUCGGAAAUUCCCGGAAAAAUUUAGAGCCGAAAAAGUGCUUAGUGAAGCAAUUUAAAUUAACAAGCUACUGAGGCACUGAGAGUCUUAUUCCGUCUUCAAGUCAACAAAAAAACUAUUGUGUGUGUGUGUCCGGUAUGGAAGGUGUUGCACAUAUAAAGGGAUCCUCUGAUACGUUAACCUUUCGCCGUCGAAAAUCUGAUCGCCGCACUUCCUUCUUUGAUAGAAGUUGAAAGGGAAUUGUCGACGACCUACAGACGUUACAGAUUUUUUGAUUCCCUCGGGCAAGUUAAGGAAAUUGGUGACAAUGGAAAGCGAGGACAGCGCUUCGAGUUCCUCAGUCUCCGGAACUGAAACAGAAACCCAGCCGAAAGAUAGUGAUUUCGAGGCGGGAUUCACAGCUCGUCCUUACCAAGUGGAAUUACUAGAAAGGGCUCUGGAAAGAAACACAAUCGUUUGUCUCGGAACAGGAACUGGAAAAACAUUCAUCAGUGUAAUGCUAAUAAAGGAACUUUCUCACCAGAUCAGAGAAAUCUACCACAACGGUGGAAAAAGAAGUUUCUUCCUUGUUAAUACAGGUUAGAAAGUAUUUGUUUACGUUUUGUGGUAAAUGGAGGGGGUGGAGGUGAGGUUUGUACGGGCUGUAUGUGUAGCGUACCGGUGUCGUUUUCAAUUUGCGAUAUUCUCUUAAAUUAAAUUUGAUCUUAAAGUGAUUCGCUGGUUUUCACUGCACAUCUCUUACAGCACAAAACAAGAUGGCCGCCGUGAAAAAGAGCAUCUGACGUAACAUUACUAAAAUGAAGUUAACUGAAGAGAAAUGCUAUUGGAAUUUUCGCUUGCGGUUGUUUCUUGUCGAGAUGAAACUCAAUGUGUUGGAAAUGUGCAUAACGUAAGCAGUACGUACGCGUGUUGCUGAGUUCGACUCCUUCACGGAGAAGCUAAAUACACUUUGAUUUUCAUUUAAGCGCCAUCUUUAUUACAUUGUGUCCUAACUGUGAUAUCUCGAUGCGAACCCGGUAAAAGGGGGUUUUCUAAUGCUUUCCCCCCCCCCCCCCCCUUCCACAUACAUCCCACUUUGAAACUCGUUCCAGUCCUCUCUCAAAAAUAGGAGGUAAUACAUUUGGUGCGCACUUUCUGCAGCUCUACUGCAAAAACGAGUACGGUGAUCCCCAUUUUUUAUUUCACGAUCUUAAUAGGAACAAUGCUUCCUUUCAAUGAAAAAAAAUUGGCAUAAAUCUGUGUUCAGUUUUUUUCAGCAAUUUUACUAAAUUGUACGGAUCGAGCUAUAACGGGUCGAAUAGCGCGUGUGCCAAAUAAGUCUACUUUGAGGUGUAAAGUAAAACCAAGGGCGUUAAAAGGCGUUUUGUGGUACCUAAGUCGAUAAACAACACAUUUAAGUCAAAUUCUGUGCGAAACCACAUGCAUUGUCGAAAAAAUCUCUCCUUUUUGUCUAGUUUUGAGCUGCGCUCGGUUUUUGCCAAAGGGUCCCAAAUAGCCGUAUUUGUCAGCAUUGUGACGUGAAAACGAGCUGAGUGAUCCCCACUUUUAUUACAUUUUUAUCAUCUUCUUGACGUGUUACAUCAGUGUACCAAGUUUCAUCUACAAUCUAUGUUAGAUUCUUUUACUAGGGAAUCACCCUUAAUUGCACUGUAAUUUGAUUUAAAAUUUUUUGGCUUUUAAAAUCAGUACAGUAUGUGGACCUUGGUCCGCACGAAAAAAAGACGUAAAUGAGUAUUUCUUAUCUUAGAAGAGGAGUAGGGAGCUGAAAUUUGUCCUGUAAGUUGCCGAAACAUUUAACUAACUUGUGACAAACCUACAGCUUCUGAGCUUUGCCGAAAACCCUGCAUCAUAGAAAAUGACCGCUCCGUUUGAAGGUCCCUGGUCCGACCAGUGGUUCCUCGGUCCGGCCACUUGUACCCCGGCAUGCAAACUGUGCGCAAAAAGAAACGUUCCAAGCACCAACUGAUCUAAAUUCCCGUAUAUUUUCUAUAGGCAUCAUUCUUACUCCGAAACCAAAGUGAGAUUUCUGUGUAAAGAGCUAUAGUUUGGUCUCAUGUGCAUGAAGAAUUAAUAGUUUCGCCUCUGUGCGAAAGUGUGUCGUGCAGUUACGAUGCGACGGCAGCGAAAUCGCCACAUUUUAAAUGAAUUCAGUCAAAGUUUAGAGGCGGAGAAAAAUUUAAUUUGUCGUCGCUUGUCAAAAAAAAAAACUUCCCAUCAGGAAAUUUCAUGCAGCAACGGCAAAGAAAUCCGACCGUCAAGCGUGCGUCAUCAUCCACGUACAGUCCGUGCGGAGUAAUGUUUUGCUGGUUAAACCCUUUAAGCCCUAGCCUGAGAAAACAGCCGACAUUUGGCGACGCUACCACUGCUUUCCCCGCCAAGUGACGUCUGAGAUACAAGCGCACAAAUUCCAUACUGAUGACGCAUCACUACCCAGAUCUGGGUAGUGCUUCUGAUUGGUCGUGCUCCGUGGGAAAUUUGAUUCAACCUCCGCUUAUUGAAAGUGCUUUACUGAAAAUGUGACUCAUAGUCGAAAGAUCCUCACUUCAAUUCAUAAAUCUUAAUUUACAAUGAACUAAACGAAGCGAAAACUAAACUUUCUGAGGCUCUCCCUUUUCAAUCACUAUUUGGCUAGGGCCAAGUACGCAAAAUUUACUUGAGAAUAUUGUCUAAAACUUUGGUUUCAAAAUUCAACCUGUCGACCAAAUUUUUUUUUUGCACUUUGAAAGAACAUUUCUUGUACACCAUGUACACCAAAAAUUAGCUUUCUUAACGCACUUAAUCGCAUAUGCGUGAAUUAAAAAUAUAUCCAAAUAAUUAAAGGCGCCAUAAAAAGACAACACUUACAGAACAAAAUUCACCUACGUUCGUGUUAACUUGAUUUUCCAGCCUUUCCUAACAUCAGGACAACCUCUAAUCGAGCCUAAGAAGGCAAACAGAUCAUUAAAAACUCGGAAAUUUUGUUUGUAUUGUAACCUUAUUUUCUUCCCGAAAAUUUCAUCGCAAAGUAAAACCGGCCGGACCAAGGACCACCAAUGCAGACGUACUGUACAUUCUCGAACACGCUAAGAUUUACACCACAAGUCACCUAGCAUUCACUUAUUAAUAAAUAUGUACCCCCUGCGGCAAAGUGAGAACUAGCUUUUGCCUUUAAUAUUCCCUAAGUUUCUAUAAAUUUCGUAGGCAUUUAUAAUCAUAGCAGUUUGUAGUGUAAACAACCAAAACCGAUCAAACUUAUAAUGAUCAGCUCUUUCCUUUGAAGCUAUCGACAACCAUAAUUCAUGAUAAAUGCAAAUUAUGUUAUUUGGGGAACUGUACAAAAAACCUUAGAUUAACAACUUGUUACAAUGGGGUCUUUUGACCAGCUAAUAUAUUUUAUUUUCUCUCAGUUCCUUUAGCCAUCCAGCAAGCCAGGGUGAUUAAGAAACACACAGAUUUGAAGGUGAAGCAUUACGUUGGCGAGAUGGGAGUCGACCUCUGGAACAAAAAUAAGUGGGAAAAUGAGUUCAAUGAAAACAAUGUCUUGGUGAUGACUGCCCAGAUUUUUCUCAAUCUUCUACACCAUGGUUUCACCAAGCUUUCACAAGUAAAUCUUCUGAUAUUUGAUGAAUGCCAUCAUGCCAAGAAGAGUCAUCCAUACAAGCAAAUCAUGAACCGCUUUGUUGGUUGCCAAGAAGCUGACUAUCCAAAGAUCAUGGGUCUAACAGCAUCCGUAGUAAACAAAAAAGUGAAACCAGGGAAAAUUGAAUCUGAAAUCCAAGAACUGGAAUGUACACUGAGGUCAACAUGCGAGACAAGUCAAGAUGAAGAUGUUGGGAAGUUUGCUUCAAAACCAAAUGAACAGAUCAUUCAGUUUUCAAAUGCCAACUUUGACGACAGCACAAUCAUCUUACUUCAAAAACUUCAAGAAGUUUUAAGACCAGAAAUAAACUACCUUGGUGACUAUGAAGUGCAAGGGAAUGGUGUAUCAUUGGCUGCUCACUCGUUUGCCUUGUGGGCACUGACAGAGUGUCAGGAGAUUUUAUCAGAAAUUGGUCCCUGGGCUGCCAACAAAGUUGCAGGAUACUUAAUCAAGGACCUACAAGGUAAAGUGGCGGAUCCAGACCUUCAGAUAAGGGGGAGGGGGGGGGGGGUUCCCCCCCCCCCCCCUUCCACAUACAUCCCACUUUGAAACUCGUUCCAGUCCUCUCUCAAAAAUAGGAGGUAAUACAUUUGGUGCGCACUUUCUGCAGCUCUACUGCAAAAACGAGUACGGUGAUCCCCAUUUUUUAUUUCACGAUCUUAAUAGGAACAAUGCUUCCUUUCAAUGAAAAAAAAUUGGCAUAAAUCUGUGUUCAGUUUUUUUCAGCAAUUUUACUAAAUUGUACGGAUCGAGCUAUAACGGGUCGAAUAGCGCGUGUGCCAAAUAAGUCUACUUUGAGGUGUAAAGUAAAACCAAGGGCGUUAAAAGGCGUUUUGUGGUACCUAAGUCGAUAAACAACACAUUUAAGUCAAAUUCUGUGCGAAACCACAUGCAUUGUCGAAAAAAUCUCUCCUUUUUGUCUAGUUUUGAGCUGCGCUCGGUUUUUGCCAAAGGGUCCCAAAUAGCCGUAUUUGUCAGCAUUGUGACGUGAAAACGAGCUGAGUGAUCCCCACUUUUAUUACAUUUUUAUCAUCUUCUUGACGUGUUACAUCAGUGUACCAAGUUUCAUCUACAAUCUAUGUUAGAUUCUUUUACUAGGGAAUCACCCUUAAUUGCACUGUAAUUUGAUUUAAAAUUUUUUGGCUUUUAAAAUCAGUACAGUAUGUGGACCUUGGUCCGCACGAAAAAAAGACGUAAAUGAGUAUUUCUUAUCUUAGAAGAGGAGUAGGGAGCUGAAAUUUGUCCUGUAAGUUGCCGAAACAUUUAACUAACUUGUGACAAACCUACAGCUUCUGAGCUUUGCCGAAAACCCUGCAUCAUAGAAAAUGACCGCUCCGUUUGAAGGUCCCUGGUCCGACCAGUGGUUCCUCGGUCCGGCCACUUGUACCCCGGCAUGCAAACUGUGCGCAAAAAGAAACGUUCCAAGCACCAACUGAUCUAAAUUCCCGUAUAUUUUCUAUAGGCAUCAUUCUUACUCCGAAACCAAAGUGAGAUUUCUGUGUAAAGAGCUAUAGUUUGGUCUCAUGUGCAUGAAGAAUUAAUAGUUUCGCCUCUGUGCGAAAGUGUGUCGUGCAGUUACGAUGCGACGGCAGCGAAAUCGCCACAUUUUAAAUGAAUUCAGUCAAAGUUUAGAGGCGGAGAAAAAUUUAAUUUGUCGUCGCUUGUCAAAAAAAAAAACUUCCCAUCAGGAAAUUUCAUGCAGCAACGGCAAAGAAAUCCGACCGUCAAGCGUGCGUCAUCAUCCACGUACAGUCCGUGCGGAGUAAUGUUUUGCUGGUUAAACCCUUUAAGCCCUAGCCUGAGAAAACAGCCGACAUUUGGCGACGCUACCACUGCUUUCCCCGCCAAGUGACGUCUGAGAUACAAGCGCACAAAUUCCAUACUGAUGACGCAUCACUACCCAGAUCUGGGUAGUGCUUCUGAUUGGUCGUGCUCCGUGGGAAAUUUGAUUCAACCUCCGCUUAUUGAAAGUGCUUUACUGAAAAUGUGACUCAUAGUCGAAAGAUCCUCACUUCAAUUCAUAAAUCUUAAUUUACAAUGAACUAAACGAAGCGAAAACUAAACUUUCUGAGGCUCUCCCUUUUCAAUCACUAUUUGGCUAGGGCCAAGUACGCAAAAUUUACUUGAGAAUAUUGUCUAAAACUUUGGUUUCAAAAUUCAACCUGUCGACCAAAUUUUUUUUUUGCACUUUGAAAGAACAUUUCUUGUACACCAUGUACACCAAAAAUUAGCUUUCUUAACGCACUUAAUCGCAUAUGCGUGAAUUAAAAAUAUAUCCAAAUAAUUAAAGGCGCCAUAAAAAGACAACACUUACAGAACAAAAUUCACCUACGUUCGUGUUAACUUGAUUUUCCAGCCUUUCCUAACAUCAGGACAACCUCUAAUCGAGCCUAAGAAGGCAAACAGAUCAUUAAAAACUCGGAAAUUUUGUUUGUAUUGUAACCUUAUUUUCUUCCCGAAAAUUUCAUCGCAAAGUAAAACCGGCCGGACCAAGGACCACCAAUGCAGACGUACUGUACAUUCUCGAACACGCUAAGAUUUACACCACAAGUCACCUAGCAUUCACUUAUUAAUAAAUAUGUACCCCCUGCGGCAAAGUGAGAACUAGCUUUUGCCUUUAAUAUUCCCUAAGUUUCUAUAAAUUUCGUAGGCAUUUAUAAUCAUAGCAGUUUGUAGUGUAAACAACCAAAACCGAUCAAACUUAUAAUGAUCAGCUCUUUCCUUUGAAGCUAUCGACAACCAUAAUUCAUGAUAAAUGCAAAUUAUGUUAUUUGGGGAACUGUACAAAAAACCUUAGAUUAACAACUUGUUACAAUGGGGUCUUUUGACCAGCUAAUAUAUUUUAUUUUCUCUCAGUUCCUUUAGCCAUCCAGCAAGCCAGGGUGAUUAAGAAACACACAGAUUUGAAGGUGAAGCAUUACGUUGGCGAGAUGGGAGUCGACCUCUGGAACAAAAAUAAGUGGGAAAAUGAGUUCAAUGAAAACAAUGUCUUGGUGAUGACUGCCCAGAUUUUUCUCAAUCUUCUACACCAUGGUUUCACCAAGCUUUCACAAGUAAAUCUUCUGAUAUUUGAUGAAUGCCAUCAUGCCAAGAAGAGUCAUCCAUACAAGCAAAUCAUGAACCGCUUUGUUGGUUGCCAAGAAGCUGACUAUCCAAAGAUCAUGGGUCUAACAGCAUCCGUAGUAAACAAAAAAGUGAAACCAGGGAAAAUUGAAUCUGAAAUCCAAGAACUGGAAUGUACACUGAGGUCAACAUGCGAGACAAGUCAAGAUGAAGAUGUUGGGAAGUUUGCUUCAAAACCAAAUGAACAGAUCAUUCAGUUUUCAAAUGCCAACUUUGACGACAGCACAAUCAUCUUACUUCAAAAACUUCAAGAAGUUUUAAGACCAGAAAUAAACUACCUUGGUGACUAUGAAGUGCAAGGGAAUGGUGUAUCAUUGGCUGCUCACUCGUUUGCCUUGUGGGCACUGACAGAGUGUCAGGAGAUUUUAUCAGAAAUUGGUCCCUGGGCUGCCAACAAAGUUGCAGGAUACUUAAUCAAGGACCUACAAGGUAAAGUGGCGGAUCCAGACCUUCAGAUAAGGGGGAGGGGGGGGGGGGCAGCCAUCCUGACCCUGAGAUAUGGGGAGGGUGGCCGGUCUCCAAAAAGGGGCGGGGGGGGCAGGCCCUUCCCCUGGAUCGGCCACUGAAGGUAUGGUCUAAAUGGCAGGGUUGUCAAGCAGUACCCAGUGGUCCCCUUGUCUCUCUUUGUUGUUAUUUUUUGUCUUCAUUCAAACCAUAUUGUGGGUUCCUCCAAUUUUUAGUUUCUUCGAGUGCAGCCUUGAAGUGCAUGAUGAAGAGCAUACUUAAGAGGAUCUUAACAAUUACAUAGCAAAGCAUAAGCAAUUGAAAAUUGAAAUAACUGCUUGUUCAAAGUAAGGAUUUUAUAGUGUUAGACCAUUAUUUUUUUGUUAUGAUCUAAACUUAGAAACAAGUAAUUAUAAAGAGAUUUCAUGCCUUUUCUUGGUCAUGUAAUACUGCAUAGAAUUUUUUGUAUAUUAAUAAGGGUAGGAACUUGUUUUUUAGUUUUUAUAGACAGAGCGUGCAUGUUUCAAGACUGCAAGGAAGGAAGAAAGUUCUGUGAGUUUAGCAAAACACAGCUGAAACAACUACAAGGUGUUUAUAACAAUUAUACAUCCACUCUUGGCAGUGGGGAGACUGGCAGCACUGAAAAGUUAUACGUAAUGCCCAAAGUAAAGGAGCUGUUGUCUGUUUUAAAAAAAGAAUAUGGGAAUGCACAAAACAGUGGUGAGUUAGUCAGUUUGGAUAAUUGUAACAAAAUGCUUGCAAAUGGACUCAAAUUUCUUGCAUUUAUAUAUCUUAAAGCUGUCCCAGUAAUUAAUUUCAUCUAAAACUAUCCUUCCUUUGGGUAGAAGCAAAGUGUCCUUGACAUUUUUUAAUCUGAUAUGAAGCAAAGGAAAUCAAGAACAAAUGCAAUCAACACUAAACCACCUAGGUACAGAGCGUGCGCUCCCUAUUAGAUGCCUUGUAUGGUCCCACAUCUCAACCCAGCCUGCUGCAAAAAAGUGUCCCCAUUCUGAAAUCUUACAGCCUACUCAUGAAAAAAGGUUUUACGUAGUAGUAUUUCCGAACCUGUGAGCAAGCUCCCUUGGGGAUAUCUGGGCUCCACACGGAAGAUAAAGCGACUUUUUGACCCAGUGGAAUGAAGACACCGCAUAGAAUUGGGGUAAUGCAUUGCGACUGAAAUGCUUUUAGACUAAGUAGAUGAGGUUUGGGAGAGGUUCUUCCUUUUCCCUAAAUCCUAUCCCCCAAACCAAGAGAAAAAGUAGAGAGAAUAAGAGAGCAUGUUCACAGACUGCCAAACACGUGGCUGUGUCCAAGCCUUAAGCUUUUGUCCUUUGCUCCUCACAGACCGUCUUGAGUCUCAUCUUGGGUUUCUUGAUUUGAAAAGAAACAGAAUGCAUCAGUCUGCAGGUUGGACGUGCAAUGAAAAUCUUCACUAGCGUACUAUUGUUUUUUGUUUAUAGAGAACAAGCUUUGUGGCAUAGUGUUUGUAGAAAGGCGAUGCACAGCUCUGGUACUCAGCGAGCAGAUAAACAUUGCCGCAAAAUCAGAUCCUGAGUUGUCCUUCAUCGAGAGCAGCUUUGUGAUUGGCCAUGGCACAGGUGGAAAGGCUAAUUACUCCAAUGAAACAGAGAUGAACUUCAAAAAGCAAGAAGAGGUACUGCGACAGUUCAGGCGACAUGAAUUCAACCUUUUGAUUGCAACUUCGGUUGUUGAGGAAGGGUUGGAUAUCCCAAAGUGCAACUUGGUGUGCCGGUUCGACUUUCCAAUGACACUCCGUUCCUAUGUGCAAUCAAAGGGCCGAGCACGUGCCAAGGAUUCCAACUAUAUAAUCCUUGUAGAUGAGGAAGAGUACGAGGAAAAGCGAGGCGAAUUGGAGGUUAGUGAUCAUUUCUUCACUGUGUGAAUAAGAAUGUUCUUACGAUGUAAGAAUACAUUGCACUUCCAACAACGUCCUUAAAGGGUUAUUUGUUCUCCUUCUUCGUCCAUGGCGGAUAAUAAUUACCAGUAAAGAAGAAGUUAACUUGUUUUCUGUUCAGUGAAAGUGAGGUUCACACUGCUGUUUCUAAACAGUUUAAAAAUUACCAUUUCGAUCAAGUCACUCUAUGCCAGGAGUUUCUUAGAAUCCAACUUCGAUAAUUCCGCUUAAGCUGCUAACGUUAAAACGCCUUCCACUAGUAACGUACAUGUGAUUCAGGAUGAGUAGGUAAAGUGUCUUAAAUACGCCUUCGAGAACAAAAAUUGUGAUGUUUGCGUCAUAAUGUAUACGGAGAACUAUUAACUUGUUGCAAUGAAUGGUGUCUCAGUUUAACAGCAGUGCUCAUAUAGUCAUAUUAUAUUUUUGCGAGUUUUUACCCCAUUCCUAGACUAACAAUCAGCUUUGGAUAACAGUGUGUUGCUUUUAAUCGUCAGAUGAUGCGUGAAAUUGAGAAUUGUCUGUCAAAGAAGUGUCAUGGCCGCAAAGAGCCUACUAAAGAGGAGUGUGAAGAAGUGGCAGGCGCGGACAGUUUCUUACCUCCAUAUGAACCUGAGAACCGUACAGGAGCAAUAGUCACCAUGGAGAACAGCGUUUCUCUCCUUAGCAUGUAAUAUUACGGAGCUUAAGCAAACACAUUUUUGAGCAACGCAUAUCAACCGGAAGUAGACUUUCUGCAUUCUUGGGCAGUAGUUUUUCCCAAAUUUUCUAGCCUGCGUUACUGGCAGGAUUGUUGUGCCCGGGGUACUUUCUUGGCGGCGGAGCCGCCACACGAAGCUAGAGCGAAGCCGCAAGGGAAAAUCCGCCUGCCACAUUUCUUAUGAGUUUUGAAUGCCGCCCACUUUUGUCACUUGGUUGGAACUAUUUGAUUUAAUAGAGCGGUGUAAUACGAAACUGGCAAAACAAAUUAAAACAUAGUAGAGAAUCAAGUCAUGGACCAAACAACUACAUGUAGCAAGUUAUUAAGGAUCCAGGCACAGUGCAGCUACUCAAAACUGAAGAAACUAAAACCUUUAUUAAAACCAUUAUUUAGAAUCCUUCAACCGUUUUUCUGUGCCAGUUUUCAAUGAUCAAGCGCUCUUUUGAUGUUAAGCUCGGAUGGAUCGUGGAGUUUGCAAUGCAUGACAAAAGGUGAAAGAAAAGAUGGGCUUUUGUUAUAGAGCCAAUUUCCUGUCGUAAAACGAGAUUAGCUUCACAUUAAACGGGAAAAAGCCUCACUUACGGUUGCUGUACGUGGCUGAAAAUCGCCUUGGCUUAAACUCCCUAUUGGCUUUUUCAGGGCUGCCAACUGUUUAUUUUUGUUUUGUUCAGUUGGUCUUGUUUUUGUUAUUAACCUUUAGGAUCGUAAACGAACUUGCUCUUAGGCUACUUGGUUCCCGGGCCCACUGUCUGCGGGUACUGGCUCAAAAUGGUAUUGUGUUUACACCUUUGGUUCCUGAUAUAUAACUGUGUACACAUUUGCCCCAUUUUUCCCUGUCAAGUUAUUUUGAAACGUAAGUGAAGCAGAAAGAUAUGGAAAGGAAAGCAGUGGAUUCCCUCGAAAUGAAUAGAAAACGUGUGCACACGGGAAGCCUGUGCCACUUUUAAUAUCCCCACUGAAGGACAAGGUCUGGUGCCCGGGCACUAAGUUUGAACAUGGCCGUAGUAAAUAUGCUUAGCAGAGGAGAUCCCCCCCCGCCCCCAACAAACACACCCCUUUAGAUGCCUGCCCAGCUGGCUUUAUGCUACCUUAGACGUUCGCGCCUUCCAUGAACUGGUAUUAUUAAGACCGAGUGGACUACGCUGCAUAAAUGCUCUGUUUUCAAACUAAAUAUUAAAUACUCUCUGACCUGGACUGUUUCUCUAUCUUACUAUACUUCAGGUACUGUUCCAUGUUGCCAAGUGACAGAUUCACGCACCUCAGCCCAGUUUACAAGAUAGAGGAAGUUGAGGAAGACGGAAAAAACGUAUUUAAGUGUGAACUGGAACUGCCAAAUAACUGCCAGCUGCGAGGAACUAUACGUGUGAGUGCAAAUAAAAUCACUGCUCUGACUCUAGCGUAGUAAUCUUUAAGCUUUAGGCCUCCCAACCUCGUCAAAAUAUGUCAAAAGUGGCAUAUUCGCUGAAACGUCUUCACUAAACGUAUGUACUCCAAAAGCGUACAAUGAUUCAGAACGAUCGUAGUUGCAUUUCGAAAGUACACAGUCAAUUCAUCCUUUGCUGAGAUUCAUAAAUUAAUACACUUGACAACUUUUCUUCUGUUCCAACAGGGCAAGGCGAUGCCACGAAAAAACCUGGCAAAAAUGGCUGCUGCUCUCUACGCCUGCAUAGAGCUUCACAAGAUUGGCGAACUUGAUGAUAAUCUCUUGCCAGUCCGCAUCUUAUCAGAUGAUGAAAGUGAAUCAGAAGAAGAGGACGAUGAGUCUCCUGGAAAGAAGAGAAAGAAAGCAGGAACAAAGAAACGAAAGCAAAUUUAUGAAAGAAAGGUAAGGAUAAUCCAGGAUAAACUCCUCCGCCAACCCCAAAUAACACGGCUGUGAUGUGGAAAUUUUUUUUUAGCGCAUAAUAUACGGAACUGUGUAACCUGCCCACAACAUUUGCUAAUAGGGAGUUAAGGCAACCACGAUGGCAAAAGCAGGGAAAACGUACUGCAUUAAGUGCAUUCGCGUUCUUGAAAGUUUUAUCGCGAUUAAUUUAUGUCGUUCAAUUUGUCAAAUGCAUGCAAAUUCUCCAGGAGUAAAAUCCUUUAGAGUUCAUUUAGGUUCAAACAGAGAAAGAAAAUAUUAUCGUCGUUUGCCAAGUCCUCUGUUAACUUACUGGGAAAUUUCGCGUCGUAUUCGUGCAGUGACAGCAAAGAAAUGUACCAAAAAAUGUGAUGCUCGUACUGAGUUGCUGUUUUGCUCCUUAAACUUAUUGCUUUUCUCCCAAUCCUAAUAUCGUCGCCGUCGUUGUUGCUCAAACUCCAGUUUGAAGCACCUACAGAAAUACACACUUAUCCGCAGGGGUUUGGGAUUUAAAUCUUGGUCGGACCAAACUCUGGGUUAUAAACGGUUAGAAUUUAAAAUUACUGGGCUGAUCACUUAGAACGGACAGUCCCGUCUCAGCUUCAAAACUGGCCUGCGUAGCAAGCACUUCGCUCGAGUUAUUGCGCGAAAGUUGGUACGAGAGCAAAAAGGGAGGGAAGGGGAGAAAAGGGAAUUGUUAGGUUUGCGUGGCAAGCGUUUUCUUUUCUCCCCUUCCCCUCCCCUACCUUCCACUUUUUUUUACCCCCGUUCCAACUUUCGGGCAACUAAGCUCGAGCGGAAACGCUUUCCUUGCAGGCAUGUGAGAUGGAGGAGAAGAGAUCAACAUUGAAGAGCUGAUGGUGGUUGUCGCCUUUUUAAGGGAACGUACCAUGUCUUUCUCGUAUGCGCCAUGGUACGACUCACUUCCAUCAUAUUUGCACACAAUGUAAUUCUUUCUUUUUUUUAUUGCUUAACUAGGUCGCUCAGGUAUUCAGAGGUAGCUUGCCGCAGAAGAAUCUGCCCCAGUAUCUCACAGCUAUCACUAUAACCAUCACCAAACUCACUAACCAACAGGCCCUUGACGUGAGCCAGCAAUACUUUACAGAUGGUUUCUGCCACCUGUUCGGUUUAUUGACGAAUGUUCCAAUUCCAGCGGUUAGUUCUAGUUCAGUCAGAUGUUAGCUUUGAUAGUUGGCUGCUGACGCUUUUGCUCGCGGGUAAAACUUUAACCCUUUACCUCUCAAAAGAGUCUAAAAGCCUGAAAAAAAGGCGUCAAAUUUCAUUUUCGAAAAAAAUCAAGGACAAAUAAAUAGUACAGCGUGAAAGAAAUGUCACACAAAUUUUUCAUUUUGAUGUAAGUAGUUACAGCCUAAUUCAUCAAGAAUUCACAGUUUGAAGCUGGCAAUGAAAUGGUGCAACUGAAUUGAAUAUUACGUGUUACUUCACAUAAACAUUACGAUCAUGAAUAUACGGGUUAAACUAGAACAACCUUAUUGAUUGAUUGACCGAUUGAUUGGGGGACUGAUUGUUGAUUCAAUUAUAAUUGAUUAAUUGGCGUUAUUUAUUUAAAUCCAAAGGUGAGAUCAUUCAAACUUUAUCCCGACUAUGGAGAAGUUACAGUAACAAUAAAAUGUCACAAGUCACCACUGCGGACAAGGAUUGCAAGACAAGACUUGACAACUAUUAAAAAAUUCCACUGUUUGUUGUUCAGCCAAGUUCUUCGCGAGCCCGUGGAAUUCAGACCCAAAGGGUCCGACGGCAGUAAAGAUGGUUAUUUGGUAGUUUUAAUGAAACCUAAUGGAUGUGAAGUGGACUUUGAUUCUAUGCGCCAUGCUUUAACAAGGCAAACUUCACUGGAGGGGUCAACCGGUGAAUCCAGAAGGAUUGAAGUUGACAUGGUAGUCUCGAAAAAUUACUUGGAGUCUCGACAAAAAUUUGCAGUUUUAAGAGUACGCCAUGAUCUGAGUCCUAUGUCACCCUUCCCAGACAAAUCUAAAGCCAAAACGUAUGAAGGCUACUUCCGAGAGCAUUACGGAAAGUCUUUUACAACCAUGAGACAGCCUCUCAUUGAAGUAAAAGACAUUUCUGGAAGGGUCAAUUUCCUGGUGUACAGAAAGGUGGCAGCCAAGAGCGAGGGCGACGUUAUUCGUCUUUUCCCCGAACUAUGUAACGUACUGCCUAUUUCUGCUUCCUGUCUCAGUGUGUCUCUGAUGCUGCCAUCAAUUUUACACCGUGUGAACGCGCUCCUGCUUGUUGGUGAUGUCAAGGAAAUGGUCACUGGAGUGCGUGACAACACAGAUGAAUCUAGCCUCCCUUCAAUUGGUGCUGGUGAUGCUAACGACGCAAAGACUUUAAUCCGCAAUGACAAGGACAGCUUCUCAUCGAAGAUGGACGUGGGUCAUGAGGAUUAUAGUGAUGACAGUGAGGACGAUAUUGAUGACUUUCCACAGCUGUUUUCAGAUUUAAAAUCACUGUUCAGUGGAGAGCGAAGGGCUUCUGUUCAUCCCGACUCCGCUCUCGUGCUUCAAGCUUUGACCACCACCAACAGCGGAGACGCCUUUAAUCUAGAAAGGCUCGAGAUGCUUGGAGACGCUUUCCUAAAGCUGGCGGUUUCACUUCACCUCUAUUGCACCUACCAUGAUAAAGAUGAAGGGAAAUUGACGCAGCGCAAGAAAGGACAGAUCAGCAAUUUGGCGCUGUUCCGUGCGGCUGAAAGAACCUCUUUAGCAGGAUAUCAACAGAGCACGCAACUUGCACGUGAUGUAUGGUGUCCUACGGGAUGUCAGUAUAGUUCAGAAGCUACAGAAAUGGAAGGUGAUGAUGACGGUAACUCUGAAGAGCAGGGCUUUGGAAGCAGGCAAGACAAGUGCAACACUCAGGUCAUAUCAGACAAAUCUGUUGCUGACAGCAUGGAAGCUCUCAUUGGAGCGCAUUUGAUUUGCUGUGGUUACACCGGAGCACUUCGUUUCAUGAAGUUCCUGGGUCUUAAGGUCCUUCCCACGGAUGAUGACAUCAACGCUGACAUUGGUAAGCUCGCUGAGAAGAGCAGAGAAGGGUGUUAUGCCAGAUUUUGGCCUGAGCAGGCAAACAAACGAGAAGCUCCCCAAAGUCAAGAUAUGGUGGCACGGAUGGUCUCUGGCUUGGAGAAUUUUGAGCACUCCAUUAAGUACACUUUCAAUUCCAAAUUGUGUCUGGUAGAAGCUUUGACACAUGCGUCGUAUCACCCUAACCGCGUCACGCCCUGUUAUCAAAGAUUGGAGUUCCUUGGAGACGCCUUGUUGGAUUUCCUGGUAACACAACACCUUUAUUUCCGUCACGAAGAAUUGUCACCCGGUGAGCUGACGGAUAUUCGCCAGGCUUUGGUGAAUAACAACAUCUUUGCAACCAUUGCUGUGAAAUACGAGUAUAACAAGUAUUUGAAAGAGAUGUCUCCGGAUUGGUUUAGAUCUAUCGACAAUUUUAUUACUAGAUUGGAAGACAAGAAAGAAGAGAAUACUAAUCCGGUAGGUAGAACUUAAAGUCUUUCACUACCUUUAAUGGAGAUUGAUGUUUGUUAGCCGCCAUUUUAAAAAACGUUCAGAGAACACCGGGUAUCAGCAUGAGGAGUUGUGUUUUAUGUGGUCGUUUGGGUAAUCAAUACAAGCAACAGCUACCAAUCACAGCACAUGUUGGCUGCCUAAACAAUUGCAGACAUCGUAGCAGGGAAAAACAGAUUCUCAGGUUCCCAAACAUUUCUAGACGGGAAAAUGUUGUUCUUUCACAUGUUACUGGCCCCAGUUUUUCUGGCCAGGAAUGAGUUCAAAAAUAAUUGAGAGAGGGUACCAUGACCUUUCGCUUGUGAUCCGCCCUCUCCCCAUGGUAAAAGUUGCUAGCAAUACAAGAACAUGUUCAAAAAUUGGAGGAACAACUUCGAAUGAAGGGGUGAGAUGGGGUAAGUGUUGUGUCUCACAGUUCUGUGACUAGCAGCAAUUGUAAGUCAAAAAAGGUCGAAGUUCCGUCGGAGCGUAUCAACACUUGGCUCCGAGAGGUGAGAGGUUUUUCUGCGGGAGCUUCUGUUCUCCCGCCCUUCAAAAACCAACACCAUCAAAUUGCAAUUCGAUCUGGAACAGACGAACACUUUCGAAAGUGUUCCUCGGAGGUCCUAGGUUUUUCUUGGGUAAACAUAUUUCAUUUUUUACAAGUAACCUACAGGUCCACUUUAUCUCCGUUCUAGAUGACUGAAUAGGCCAUUAGCACGUAGGCGGCAUUAAGCUGCAGCCAGGCUAUCAGGAUCCUUCAGAGUUUUUCUUGUCCAAGUUACGACUAGGUACACUAAGUAUGGCAAAUGAGGUACAGGUGACAAAAGGUAGUGUAGUAGUUAAAAGAGACUGAAACAUCUUUAUCCGAGAUUCCCUUGUUCAUAUUUUUCGGGUUCCUGGUGAAUCUUUUGUGUCGAUUAAGCAAAGCGAAAAAAGACGCUGGGAUUUUCUUUGUAUUUUACAGGGGAUUGCAGAUCCAUUUAUCAUCGUAUCUGAACAAGACGAAGAAGGGAUCGAAGCUCCCAAGGUCCUGGGUGAUAUUUUUGAGUCCGUGGCUGGUGCAGUGUUUAUGGACAGCGGUAUGGAUUUCACCAAGGUCUGGGGAGUGUACUACCGCAUGAUGCAACCUUACAUUGGUAUGACAUCAUUUUUCAAAGUUAGAUAAUGUCCCCUUCUGGUGACCCGACCCACCAUUUGUACGGGCAUCGUCACCCGAGCCCUAAAGGACUAGUCCCCGUAAAGUAUUAGCAAAGACGGUACCUCCUUUCUCGGUAUUUAAAGACCUUGAUGUAUAUAAUCACAUGAUUUGAGGAUUGAACGCGCGACCUUCUCCCAAAAAAUUGGGGGAAGGGCGGUGGGGGUACAAUUUGUGGAUUGGCUCCGUUCAGGAUGUUUAACUCUAAUAUGACGGCUAUUUGUUCGAGUAUUAGAGCGGUCGCGCUACCUAGCCACAAUAUGAAGGGCACCAUUUUUUAGACAAAAGAUAAGUCUUUGUCGUUUUUGAAAAUUGUCAGUGUGCGCGCAUGUACGUUUAUAACAGGGAGCUCUCUUUAAGGGUUGAAACGAAUUUAAGCGGUGCCACAAAUUUUCUGAGGAGCGUCCGUCAUUUUAUAGUGGUUUCUCCCCGAAAGGUUCCGCUCUUGAGACCUGCGCCUUACCAACUAAGCUUUCAGUGCUGUGGUUUGAAAAAUCAUUUCUCAAAGUUUCCGUCUCAUGAUAAAUAAAAACUGUUACUGUUAACUUGACCAUUUCGAUACUUUUGCAUGUUACCAUGGUCAAACUCAUUCAACAGGUUGCAACAUGAACUAUUACCCUUCGCACUAUAUUAAAGAAAUAAGUAUUUGUUCUUUGUCAGACCAGUACUCUGAAAACAUACCAAUCAAUCCCAUCAGGCGCGUGUACGAAGAGGACAACGAACUGAAAUUUAGGUAC